UUUCGCACCAUUAGUUAGAAGUUAGAAGCACUUGAGAUUGAGUUCGCUGGUUAUUCUAUUUAAGAAACUAGAAAGGUUUGUCAGCAAACAUUUUGCUAUCCACUUCACAUGGUGUUUCACAAGUUAACUUGGUGUCGUGUGUUAAUGCUCUUGAGGCGUCUUUGGAUAACCCACUAAACCUAAUACCGUUUGUUUAGAGUGAGAAUGGUCAGUUCGCCACUGUGGAAACUAAGACUGCUGAACAUUAGAAAACUCUGGAUUUAAUCGGCGGGAGAGAACCUAGGACAGAUAGGAAAUCAUUCUUCAAAUCCUAUGGCUUGAAGGUGUCCUCCAGGCAGCACCUCAUGGAUUUCCUCAUGGAGUACGCCAACAAUGAGACUCACCACGACAAUGGCACUGAGGCAUUUAACAGCACAGGUUGCAAUACCAAGCCCCAGUACAACUACUAUGCCAUGCUCCUGACACUACUCAUCUUCAUCAUCGUCUUCGGCAACGUGCUUGUGUGCAUGGCUGUUUCCCGGGAGAAAGCCCUGCAGACCACCACGAACUACCUAAUUGUGAGCCUGGCUGUGGCGGAUCUCCUGGUGGCUACACUGGUCAUGCCCUGGGUGGUGUAUCUGGAGGUUGUGGGAGAAUGGCGGUUCAGUAAAAUCCACUGUGACAUCUUUGUCACCCUGGAUGUCAUGAUGUGCACAGCCAGCAUCCUUAAUCUGUGUGCUAUUAGUAUUGACAGGUACACAGCCGUUGCCAUGCCGAUGCUGUACAACACACGGUAUAGCUCAAAGCGACGUGUUACUGUAAUGAUCUCUGUGGUUUGGGUUCUCUCCUUUGCAAUCUCCUGUCCCCUGCUGUUUGGCCUAAACAACACAGUAACACGGGAUGACGCCAUGUGCGAGAUCGCCAACCCAGCAUUCGUGGUCUACUCCUCCAUCAUGUCCUUCUAUGUGCCCUUCAUCAUCACACUCCUCGUCUACGUGCAGAUCUACGUGGUGCUACGUAGGCGCCGCAAGCGGGUCAACACCAAGCGCAGUGGUCACCGUGGCGAUGCUGAGCCACAGCCCACCCUCAAGGAAAAGUGCACUCACCCCGAAGAUGUGAAACUCUGCACAGUCAUUGUCAAGACCAAUGGGAAUUUGCCUGCCAAAAACAAGAAAACACAGCUACUGAGAAAGGAGCAGGGAGAGGUUGUUGAGCUGGGGCUGAUGGCAGGCACCAGCUCCCCAGAGAAGAUGAAGCUGGAAGUCAUGUCAGCAGGAGGCAUGCUGACGAGCCACGCCACACCAUCGUGCAAGGAUCAGCAGCCCAACAGCGAUGAAAAGAACGGGCACGCCGGAGAUGGCCCCGCCCCCAAAGAUACCAAGCCCUUCGAGACGCAGGCCUUGUCCAACGGCAAGACCCGAACCACCGUCUCCAAGUCAGCGAGCAAGAAAAAGAUCUCCCAGCACAAAGAGAAGAAGGCCACACAAAUGUUAGCAAUCGUUCUAGGUGUCUUUAUCAUCUGCUGGCUGCCAUUCUUCAUCACUCACAUCCUGAAGACCCACUGCACACGCUGCUAUGUGCCCCUGGAGAUGUACAAUGCCUUCACGUGGCUAGGAUAUGUAAACAGCGCCGUCAACCCCAUCAUAUACACCACCUUCAAUGUGGAGUUCCGGAAGGCUUUCAUGAAGAUUCUGCAUUGCUGACUGCCAUGCCCCCAAUGCUCCUGAGCAUGUCCUCCCAUCUAUCUGGAUCUCUGCAGAGGUCAUCUCUUGCUCUGACAGAGGGUGAGGACAUUUUUUCUAAAAAGACUCAUGGACGCUUGGUUUUUUUUUGGGUUCAAUUCAGAUGAAUGUAAAUCCCCUUUUUUUUGUAAGUUUUGUGAUUUCAGUGUUUCCUCAGAGAGAAGCUGCUUGUAGAUAGGGAGAAAGUGAGUGAGAGAGUCAGAAAGAGAGAGAGAAAGAAUGAGAGAGAUAGUGUGUGUCUGUGUAUUUGUGUGUGUGUAAGCAUGUGUGUGGACCUUCAGCAAAUCAAGGCCCAGCUUUGAAGCCAGGUACUUUCUUAUUACUGUUGUCUCUGCAUGUGGGUUUCAAUGUAUAUUUCACUGCUGGAUGCUGUUUUGAUAAAUAAGUUCAUAAUGUUGUAAUGUAAAACAAGAUAUAAAUUUAAAAGAGAUGUUUGAGUCCCAUCAAAAGGAGUCAGACCAUAAGUAGACAACCACGUUACUUUUGCUUUAUGAGGCUGUCUAGGCAGGCUUUUACACAUCAAGCUGACAGAAGAAUCAAUAUUAAUAGAUCUGUUCAUUUGUCUGUUUAUCUUGAUUUAUGCAUUCAUUUAUUUAUUUGUUUGUUUACUGGUCUAUUUAUUCAUUUGUCGAUAAAUGAACACAAAGAAGAGCUAUAAUACAUUCACCACUUCAACUCUAGGACAAUUAUUCAGUUACUAAUCUUGAGAAAUAGUAUUCAGUAACUACAAUGGGUUAUUCAUGUUGGCACUACUAUGAAAGCUAUGUAGUCCAAACAGUCAGGAAUGUAAGUCUCAAGCCACCGAUUGUUACUUGGACAAGCGCCCAUAGCAAAGGCUUCCCCCAAUACAAAGGUGUAUGCCUUUGACUACCUGAUGGUGUAGGAUGCUUAAAUGUAAAUAAUGCAAUUUGACUGAAGCCCAUGACAAAAAUUAUUAUGCAUGUCACAUAGUUACUUCGCUACAUGGUGAUGGUCUACUGUACUUUAGCUAUCCAACACAACAUGGUCUCAUCUUUGUAAAGGUGUAUCUAGAUUUUCUGGCUGAGGAAAUGUAUCUUUAAAGGUCUUGAAUAUCUGAAUACUUGUACAAUAUCAUCUAUUAUUUUGUGUUUAGGAAAAAAAAGCCCAGUCGUAUGUGAAUAUGUAUUUGCAUGAUCUCGGGAUUGAUGACAAAGUACAAGGCACCACCUUGAAAUUUUUCUCUUCAUUUCUCUGAGAAAAAUAAAAAAAAUUUUGUUUACCAAACACUCAGAAAACUAGAAUACUGCAUGCAUUGUCAUUUGAUAAUAGCUAAUGGAAGAUCUUUAGACAAUGGCCAUAAAUAGGUAAUGAUACAUCUGUUUCUAAUGUUUGUUUUACAUUGAGAGCAGAAAAAAGAGGCAAGUUAACCCGAUUCCUUGUAAAAUGUCUUUACUUUAUCAUGGGACAGGAUAUGAUUUCAUAUUUGGCCAGAUUCAUAUUUAUUUCAUUUACACAUUUAUUCACAGUUGUAUGAAUUUGUGAACACUUUGUGAACAGUAUCAGUGAAAGAUGGGGAACUGCUGUUAGCAAUAUCCAAAACCAGCUGAAAAAAAUAAGUGAUGUACUGACGUUUGAGACAACUAAGGGCAUAUACAACACCAGUACAUAAUGAAUGUAUUACUUAGCUAAGAACAAUAGUCAGACAGCAGUGAUGCAGACAAAAUCACAUCCAAUACAAAAGUAAAAAAUAACAUACCCAGUGAUUUUAAUUAGGUGUAUCCAGCAAGGAGUGUCUGUAGUGUUCGGUUUCAGUUCUACAAUAUGUGCUCUCUGUAUUCCCCUCUGAGGAAUGGUGUCAGUGCAUUGGUGUAACUAGUGGGGGGUGGGAUCAGAUGUGUGGACAAGAGACCAUAUGGACAAGAGCAACAUCACAAUGGAAGGUAAAUAAGGAACCUAGGAUGGCAGAAGCAUCUGCUGCAUUUGCAGAUGUGCUCAAUGAUUUGCAACUUUAUUAAAUGUGCUCUGAGCAGCUUGGUGGGGAGGCACACCCACUCUCCUGUUAGCAUAGCAUCCGUAUCCACAAUGCUCUUGCUGAACAGCUGUGAGACCCUUGGCUGGAUUGGGGAUUGUAGAUUUUCUGUUUAAAUGGUAAAGGGUUUCUAGCUACCUGGAAUGCCUUAGCUGCCUCUUCCAACUCCCUUCACCUAGACUUCCAUUUUGGGGUUUCUUUGGAAGAAGUGUAAUUAUUUCACCUCCAGAUGUUUGGGGAAAUAGGAAAGUGACAUGCAGCUACAUUCUGGGCUUGAAUAGUGUCCCAAGGUGAGAUGUAGCUGUAAUGUCAUUUGCAAGAUAAGACCAUUUGCUGCCAAACAUGCAUGGUUGUGUAAUAGGGUUGAUCAUUUCUCUUUCAGAGCUAAAAUAGAAAUGUUAAUGAGAUAUGAAAGGGUGUUUACAGUAGCCAUUUUAUAUUUAGAAGUCUAAACAAGUGCAAUUCAAGAUUUCAAUCUUGUAUGUGUUAACACACACACAUAUAUAAAUCCUAUUUAUUUAUUCAGGUUCUAUGGAUUUAAGUCACUUGAUGUUAGCAUCAUACAAGAACUUUUGAAUUAAUUAUUGAUCAGUUGCAUCUUUUUGGAAUGUUAUUUUGUCUUAUGUUUACAUAUACAUUAUAAUUAUUACUGAUGAUUCCUGCUUACUUAGCAUUUCUUUGACAUAUUUUGCAAUGUUUUUAUACAAGUAUAAAGGAAUAUGAAGAGAAGUGAUGCCUGAAAAAUACAGUUUUUGAUCACAGAAGAAUGUGUGUAUUGUGUGUGUGUGUGCAUGUGUGUGUGUGUGU